AUGGCAACAGCUGCGCUGCUCAUUGAAGCCAACCCAUUAAUGAAAUUGAAGCAAAACACCCUAUUACGCACUUUUCGUCCUCUUCCAUCAAAACCAAUCGCAUUAACGUUUAGCAAUCAACGUUGCUUUGCUCCUAGAAUAUUUAAGAACCCUAAACCUCAAUGUUUCUUGCCCGCCGACUCUAAAUGUCAUCCCUCUCAGUCUCAGUCCCUCAAUGUUCUUAAAGAUAAUCGGCCAGCGGCAGCAAACCCUAAUUUCACAGUCGCCGUUAAUAAGGUAUGGGAAAAGUGUCACAAGGCAUUGAGGGAACCAGCAAUGGCUGCCGUGCUGUUUGGUUUGUUAGUCAUGUGCAACCCCAACUCAGCAGCGUUGGCUGCUCCGGUGGGUCGGGUCGGUGGAAGCUUGACACCCACGCGUACGACGUUGCACCAUCCAUCUAAAUAUUCUUCGACCACAAUCACAACGGCCGACCACUACGAUGAUCCGAUCUGGGAAAUUGCAUUCUAUUUUUUCUUUAAUUUAUACUUUCUCUGGGGAUUGUUUGCGUUGCUUUCGCCUUACCCCAAGUUUUACACGGUUGCUUUGUUUAUUUUCGGGACAGUUUUCACCGCUAUUUGGGUUCACUCUCUAGGUCAAACAAGUGUUGUCAAGCUCCAGCUUCAGGUUACUUUAUCGAACACUGGACGAGCAAUUCAAACGGAUCUUAAUCGGAUCGCUGAAACUGCAGAUACCUCUACACGUACGGGUUUGAGGUAUGUUUUGAGAGAUACAGCAGUAGCUCUAUUUCGGCAACCUGAUUAUUGCAUUUCCGGUUACUCAUGUGUGGGUGUACCAAAGUUCACUAGAGCGGCUGCACAGCAAUGCUUUGAUAAAAUUGUGUUCAGAGAGAGGGUUAGAUAUGACGAAGAGACCAUUGUCAAUGUGGACAAUAUAAAAACUCAAAGCACAACAAGUCAGAGAUCAACUAAUGAAUCUCACAAUGACAAUGUAGAGGUUACAAUUUUACUUGCUGUUGAUGGAAAGUCUAAGUUGCCCACUAUCAUUGACAGCAGUGAUUUGAAGAAAGUGAUGGAAGAGCUUGCAUCCAUUGAUCCCAGCAGACUACUUUUAGGAGUAGAGGUACUGUGGACUCCUCAGUUCUCUUCACAUGCGGCAAGCAAAUAAAUUUAAUCACCUGAUUCUCUGGUGCCCAUUUUCCUAAGGCAUGUUGAUGUCAUUGCAGCCCGACUCCCAAACAGUCUCAGGCAGCAAAUCCAGGAAGUCUCAAGCUGUUCGCAGUGGCGGUUCUGCUUGAGUGGCAAUUACACCUGCGAAUUGAAGAGUUCCUGACUUUCUUGUUAUUUCGUAUUAUGAGAAAAUUUUGUUUCUUACUAUAUAGUUUGAGAUGUUAUGCAGACAAUUUUUGGACCAACUUGUGUG